AUCGUUUGGAGUAGUGGGCCUUGUGGGAGUUGGAAAAAGAUGGUGAGGUAGUGAUGAUGUUUGUGUGUGCUGUAGGACGAGGAACCUGUUGCUGGUUUGUGGGUUAGUGUGCAACAGUGAAAUGUAAUUUUAUGUGCAUUGUGUUGUUUGUGAAAACAAUGGGCAGUUCACUUAGUACGAAAAGUGAAUCUCCUCCACCGGAGGGUACUACCUUGAAGACGAACAAUGUUCGCUCUAGCAUCCGCACGAAACAGCCGAUGCCCGAUGCGAUUGAACUGGAGAGAAGAUUUGCCAAAGUUUUAGCGUCCAUGGAUCUUCCUCCAGACAAAGCGAAACUUCUUAAGCAAUACGAUGAUGAGAAGAAGUGGGAUAUUAUCUGUGAUCAGGAACGGGUCCAUGCCAAGGACCCUCCCGCACAUUACCUCACCAAGUUGAGGACGUACCUGGACCCGAAAGCGUCGAGAAGUUCCAGAAAAAGAAAAAUGGUUGGUGAUGCUACAUCUACACAAGUCUUACGGGAUUUGGAGAUUUCAUUGAGAACAAAUCACAUUGAGUGGGUUCGUGAGUUUCUGGAUGACCAAAAUCAAGGCCUAGAUCACCUUAUUGAAUACUUGAGCUUCCGUUUGGUCAUGAUGAGGCAUGAACAGAGGAUAUCAGAGUCACGUAACUCCUCAGAAGAGCGCCUGGCAAGCAACAUGACAGCUGGAGGUUCAUCUGCAUCAGCUUCUGUAAGCAGUCCAGGCCAUAAUAAUGGUUACCUUCGUCCAGCAUUGGACAUAUUGGAUAGUCCAGGUGUGCGCAGACGUUCACGACAUGUUGCCAAGCUUAACAUGGGUGAAGCCAAGGAUGACAUUCAUGUCUGUAUCAUGUGUCUGCGUGCUAUCAUGAAUAACAAGUAUGGAUUCAACAUGGUUAUCCAGCAUCGAGAAGCUAUUAACUGCAUUGCCUUAAGUCUUAUGCACAAAAGUCUGAGAACAAAAGCAUUGGUUCUGGAGCUGCUUGCAGCAAUCUGUCUAGUCAAAGGUGGUCAUGAGAUUAUCCUGUCAGCAUUUGACAACUUCAAGGAGGUGUGCCAUGAGACACGCCGCUUCCACACACUUAUGGAAUACUUUAUUAACUACCAAGUCUUCCAUAUAGAAUUCAUGGUGGCUUGCAUGCAGUUUGUUAAUAUUGUGGUGCAUUCAGUUGAAGACAUGAAUUUUCGUGUUCACCUCCAGUAUGAGUUCACAAAACUUGGACUUGAUGACUACUUAGAGAAACUGAGACACACAGAAAGUGAAGAACUUCAGGUGCAAAUCUCUGCCUAUUUGGACAAUGUAUUUGAUGUUGCUGCUCUUAUGGAAGAUAGUGAGACAAAGACUGCUGCACUGGAGAAAGUAGCUGAACUGGAGGAUGAGCUCGGACAUGCCCAUGAUCGAUUAGCUGAACUGGAAGGGGAAUCAUUGGCAAAAUUGGCAGAACUGGAAACAGAAUUGGGAGCAGUAAGAGCAGAAAGGGAUGAGCUGCUUGAAGGUCGACGGCAAGUAGACGAGGAGGUGAAUACAUUGCGUCGAGCUGUAAUGCAGCAGCAGCAGGAGUCUCAGAACAGACAAUCCAUGUUAGAGAGCAAGAUUAUGGAGCUGGAGACUCUUACACGUACCUUACCCAGAGGAAGCAGUUCCAGUUGUGAUAGUACAAAUCCAUUAUUAGCCCCCAUACCUCCACCCCCUCCACUGAUUCCUGUUGCCUCACCAGCACCUGCUCCUCCUCCCCCACCACCCUGUCCUCCACCACCACCCUUGUCUUCAUCACGUGGUCCUCCAGUUCCUGCACCUCCUCCACCAGCUGGAAUGAUGCAAGCUCCAGACGGUGCUAUGACCAUCAAGAGAAAAGUUCAGACUAAGUACAAGCUUCCCACACUGAAUUGGAUAGCACUUAAACCCAAUCAGGUUCGAGGUACAAUAUUCAAUGAGCUAGAUGAUGAUCGACUGCACAGUAUAAUAGACUUCAGUGAUUUUGAGGAGAGAUUUAAAAUUGGUACUGGUGGAGCAUUUACCAAUGGGGAUACUGAUGUGGAUGGACUCUCCAGUUUUCCCAGCAAGAGGUUUAAACGUACAGAAAAUGUUUCCUUACUUGAGCACACGCGGCUCAGGAAUAUUGCAAUAUCAAGGCGUAAAAUGGAGAUGCCUGUGGAAAAGGUGAUUGCUGCUGUAAAUUCACUGGAUCUGAAGCUCCUGUCACUGGAAAAUGUGGAAAUUCUUCAGAGAAUGGUGCCGACUGACCAAGAGACUAAGGCCUACAGAGAAUAUGUGGGCUCAAAGAAGAAUGUGAGUUUACUGACAGAAGAAGAUAAGUUCCUGCUGCAACUGGGGAAAGUAGAAAGGAUAUCAGCCAAACUUAGCAUUAUGAGCUACAUUGGCAACUUCUUUGAUAAUAUUCACCUCAUUACUCCACAAAUUCAUGCUAUCAUAUCUGCAUCUAGUUCAGUGAAGAGCUCCAAAAAACUCCGUAGGGUGCUGGAGAUAAUCCUUGCAUUUGGAAACUACCUGAAUAGCAGUAAGCGUGGACCAGCUUAUGGGUUCAAGCUUCAGAGCCUUGAUACAUUACUUGACACCAAAUCCACAGACAAGAGGAUGUGCCUUCUUCACUAUAUUGUUGACACAGUGAGACAUAAGUUUCCAGAGCUGUUGAACUUUGACUCUGAGCUCAUGUACAUUGAUAAAGCUGCCAUUGUGUCCCUGGAGAACAUUGUGACAGACAUUCAUGAGCUUGAGAAAGGUAUGGAUUUGGUACGUAAAGAAGCGGAGCUGCGAGGGAGUGGGAAGGAACGUGGUAGUGGUCAGAGUGUAGUGCUGAGAGAUUUCCUUGCAAAUUCUGAAGAGAAGCUUAGACGACUCAAGGCUGAUGGUCGUACUGCUCAAGAUGCUUUCCGAGAAUGUGUCGAAUACUUUGGUGAAUCUCCACGCACAGCUGAUGCCAGUACAUUUUUCUCACUGCUUGUUCGAUUUGCCCGUGCCUUUAAACUUGCAGAUCAGGAAAAUGAACAGCGAAGAAGACUUGAGCAGGCAGCUUUGGAGGCACUAAAUAAACCCAAUGAGGAAGUGAUGAAGCGCAAUAAGUUGAACCAGAAGAAACAGCAAGAAGCAGUGAUAAAUGAAUUGAAGUGCAAAACUCGACUUGUACAAGAAAAGAAACUCCUACAGCAGGAUGAAGUAUAUAAUGGUGCAUUGGAAGACAUUUUAUUGGGUCUCAAAAGUGAACCCUACAGGCGGGCAGAUGCUGUGCGACGCAGUCAGAGACGUCGUAUUGACAACAAUCGUCUCUCUCGCACCAUGGAAGAACUAGAAUUCUGAGCAGAGAUUUGUGAUCAUGCACCAGUGACAUAGGACAUCAUGUUUAUGGUGUCAUUCUUUCAUUUGUUGGCAGAAAUGUGGACAGGAGAACUGGCAUGUAGGGAAGAUGAUAAAAUGAUACUGCUCAUUCCAUUUCUCAUAUAUUUUAUUACUACCCUGUUUAUUAUACAUUUUUUGCCUUUCCUUUUUUAUAAACAUUUUAUUAUCUGACUUAUUUAAUUAAAUAAUUAUACUGUAUUGAAUCUGAAAUAUUACUGUAAAAUAAAUUGUAUAUAAAUUUAGUAUGCUCGAAAAUGUGCUGUAUUGUGUAAAAGUGAUGAUUAACAUCUGUAGUUCUAUACAGUAUCUAGGAUAUAUAAAUGACUUCAGUUCCUUCCACUGCAUUAUUUUCCAUUUAAGUUGUGCUGGAGGGAAGGAAUUGAUUCUUGUUGUUUCCAUUGUGUUCUUGGAAACAUGUAAAUUAAUGAACAUUACACCGUUAGCACAACUACCUUUAUUUCUGAGCAUUUAUUGUGAUUCAGCUACAGUGAAACAAUAACAUUACAUCAUUUUCCUGCUGUAUAUAUCACGCUAAAUGAAAAGGUAAAAUUUUGUAAAUUAUAUGAACUAAUAACUUACUCCAUGAAGCAGAUUCCUAGAAAUGCUGAUAAUGUGCUUGACCAGUAAACAAAUUUCUCACUUUUAUGACUUUUCUAAAAGAUAAAAUAAUUUAAAAUGUUAUCAGUCUGUUUAGUGGAUCUAUGCUUGGAAUUCUGGAUGUGGAUAAAUUAGUUUUUAAGAUGUAAACAGAAACCAGUAUUUACACAUAGAGUUUCACAUUGUGUUUUUCUUUGGUAUUACACAGUUUAUUAUGUCUUUGUAUGUGAUAAUGUCUGUUAUAUUCAUUGUAGCUGGUCGCAUUCAUUGUGGUGCUACUGUUAGUUUUGACAUGUUCAUUAUUUUGUUGCCUCUGUUAUUAAGUGUACUUACUAAAAGUUGGAAACAUUGAACAGCAUAACAAAUGUGACAAAUCUGCUACUGGUGUUCAGCAUAAUCUGAGUUGAAUAACUUUGCAAAGUGACACGGCCACGAUCUGGUUCCGUGUUGAUGAAAUUUCAAGGGUGCCUCAUAGUAGGUUUGCCAGAAACCAAAUUUCUUGUCAUUUUGUAGGUUUCAGAUUGUAGCCUAUGAUAAUAGUUUUAUUGAGCCACAAAUUUACAUUGAUGGUAAGGAAUGUAUUAAAUGUUAAAAGUGGAAAACACGAUAUUUGUGAAGAGUAUACAAAUUUGUUUCUUGUGAUAAAUAAAUGUUAGACAGGAAGAAACAAAACAUGUUUUACCACAAUAUCCAGAAGCACAUAUAAAUGUGGCAGAAAUUAUUUAUGAACUCUUGCCAUGUUAUAGAGGACAUUUUGACAUGACUAUAGUGCAUAUAUACUAAUAAGUACUUUGUGUCUGUGCACUUGUACAGUCUUGCAAGAAGUGUUGAAAAUGUUGCAUUGAAAUGUCUGAAAAACAGUGUAAUGUCACAUUUUUUAAUAUGUUUGACUACAUUCCUUCUACAAGGAAGUGUGAAUUCUUAAUUCUUUUGAUUUUAUGUUUGUUUAUGUAUAGACCACUAAAUUUCACAAACAAAAACUGCCUUGGUAACAUAUUUGCUUGCACAGUUUUUCAUGUCCAAUUUUUUAUUGCAGUAACCUUUUGAAAUAUUUUAAAAUACAUGAAAUAUGAAACUUUAUUCAUAAAAAUUAUAAAAUAUUGCAUUGAUUGGAAUAAUGUGUGAGUAGAAGUUAAAAUGUUUUUGUCAAAUUAGGAAUUUAGCUUAAAUCAGAUUUGUCGCACAAUAAAUUUGAAAAUGUCAUACUUAGUGAGAUUUCAUUAUAUAUACAUAUACAUGUAACUUUCCUUAGGGUGAAUUUUAAACUAAAUAGUGAUCAUAGAAAUCAUAAUUCACAAGUAUUGGGACAAAGGAUGUUAAUUUAAUGUGUUUGCAAACACUGUAAUUGCAUUUGAAUUGUGUACACACAUUAGAGACGGUGUGAGAGUAACAUGUUUUAAUGGGUAGUGCACAUAUGUGAUAUAUGAAGGACAUCCCAGUUUUUACAAUUUUGUAACAACAUUUCCAUUGUAUUUGUAUAUAGUGUAUAAUACAUUGUCAUACUAAGGUCUCAGAUUGAAUUGUCAGUAGUGGUUAGUUUUCAUAUGACAGAUGGCCAAUGCACAGACUUCUAAAAGAAACAGUUUGUUAAAAGUGUAUAUAAAUCUCAUCCACAUUUUUAUUACAGUGUUAAUACAUAUUUUUAAUAUAAAAUAAUUGGACAUAUAUGAUGCAUAACAAGUUCAGUUGGAAAAAUUUUUAAAGACUAAAGUGAGAUAUUUGAUUUGUAAUGUUGUACAGAAUGCCUUCUAUCCUGAGUUGUCAUAAAUGAUAAGUAUGAAAUAUACAGUAGUCCGUAAAAUCUCUGGAAAAACAACCUGAUUUGUAACAAAUAACUCAAUAUAACAAUUUAUGAAUUUUUGGAACAAUGUUUGUUCUGUCAGGUAUUAAUAAUAUCCAAAAAUUGGUGAAAUCCAUAAUCUUCAAAUCCAUCCUCUAAUAUUUAAUAACAUAUAUUAAAAUAUAGCACAAAGGUUUAAAUAAUAUUUAUGUGGCUAAGGCAGUGUGUGUUGUUGAAAAGUUGUCCUGGAUAUACAGAUAUAGCUAAAAAUAAUUCAACAUUCUUGGCGUCUUUAGUGUUUUCUGAACCGAUGAAUUAAAAGAUUUUCUCUCAAUUCAUAAA